GAAAUCCAGAAUUCUCUUUUCUUGUUAUUGAGCUCAUUCCGAUGUGGAACUACUACCUCUGGAUUCCAUUCCUCAUCGCGUUCUCCAAGGAGCUCGUUUUGACCAAGGCUCAAUUUCCGACUAUUCUGAUUCCCAGCCAGAAUCCUGCUCUCAAGUGGUCUAGGUGUCCGGCGCCGGAAUCCUCGCUUAAUUUCCGACCGGUGAUCGGGAUCCUCAGCCAUCCUGGUGACGGCGCCUCUGGACGGCUUAGUAAUGAUACUAACGCUUCAUAUAUUGCCGCCUCAUACGUCAAGUUCGUGGAGGCAGCCGGAGCUAGGGUCAUUCCCCUUAUUUACAACGAGCCGUCACAGAUUCUCUUUGAUAAGCUGAAUCUCGUCAAUGGAGUGAUUUUCACUGGAGGUUGGGCUAACAGUGGUCUUUACUUUGAGGUCGUUGAAGGAAUCUUCAAGAAAAUCCUGGAAAAAAAUGAUAGAGGAGACCAUUUUCCCCUACUUGCCAUUUGCUUGGGCUUUGAACUUGUAACCAUGAUUGUAAGCAAGGACAAAAAUAUUCUUGAAUCUUUUAGUGCAAAGAAUCAGGCAUCUACUCUCCAUUUUGGUAGAAACAUAAAUAUUGAAGGAACAAUGUUUCAGAGGUUUCCUCCAGACCUGUUAAAAAAAUUGAGCACUGAUUGCCUUGUCAUGCAAAACCAUCAAUAUGGUAUAUCGCCUGAAACACUUGAAGAAAACGAGAACUUGUGUGGUUUCUUCAAGAUCAUAACAACCAGUGUGGAUCAAGAAGAUAAGGUCUAUGUAUCUUCAGUCCAAGCAAACAAUUAUCCUGUUACUGCCGUCCAGUGGCAUCCAGAGAAAAAUGCUUUUGAAUGGGCUUCACCUGAAAUUCCUCACUCUGAUGAUGCAGUUCAAGUGACUCAGCAUGUUGCGAAUUUUUUUGUCAGUGAGGCCAGAAAGUCGGUAAACAGGCCACCUGCUCCGAUAGUUCUGGAUAACCUAAUCUAUAAUUACAGGCCUACUUAUUGUGGCAAAGCUGGAAGGGGAUACGACGAGGUUUACAUUUUUACUUGAAUUUGUGAAUUGGAUUCAUUCCCUGGACGAGGAGGUUACACGCCCCUCCAUUUAAAUCGAGAGCGUUUUUAGUAAGAAUCAAACAUGUUAUAUUUGGUUAACUUAAGUUGGUCAUCUUCGUAUUAGUCGUGAUCUCAACUUCCAUUCAUCAUAUUGACUAUUAGAUAUGUAUAGAUUCAUCACAUCCCUUUCUUAUCAACAAGAUGUGUAGUGAUUCGAUUACAUAGAUAAAACUCACACCAAAAAUGUGUGGUCGGCAAGAAUUAAGCAUUGUGGAUUGGGCUUUAGUCUCUAAAUGUAAUUUUAGUUCAUAUCUUGUUUGGCCCUACCUUAUGGGGAAACGAUGGAAAAAUUAUAUGUCAUUUUCCUAUAGGAUAUGAUUGGACCAUUCAGAGUGACCAACCUAGAUUAGUUGUCCU